GUACACAAAGCAAGCAGGGACCUACAUGCGUUCCGCAGAACUUUCUGACAUAUAACUACCUGCUGUGACGUUUUCUUAUUCUCUAGCACCUCUCAGAAUGCCAGGACAUAUCCAAGAUGUCUACUCCAACUCCGCUGAUGACGAUUCCUCUGGUUCGUAUGAUUCUGACGUUGUGGAAUUGCGUUCGGACGAAUUCUCCGAUUAUUUUGUCGAGCGCAAUGGGCGUCUCUUCCAUUCUUCGGCCACAUGUCCGUAUCCUUUACCAGUCGAUACCCCGGAACAACAGAGGCUCAAUGUCCAACACAAUGCUCUGUUCCACGUGCUAGGAGCACACUAUGUGGGUCCAGUCCCUGAACUCCUAAUGCCAGAAUCCAGGCGCCAGAAAAUCGUUGUUGAUAUGUGUACCGGGACCGGAAAAUGGGUCAUGGAAAUGGCUGAACAAUAUCCUCACGUUCGCUUUUACGGCUUUGAUAUUGGUACCAUAAUCUCACCACCCGCCUCAAUAUGUACAUCUCAUUCGCUGACAUCUCUUUUUUCAGUUCCAAUCGCUACCCGGUAUCCGCUCCCCAACGUCACCUUCGAACUUCAUGACAUGGGCGAACGUACCAGGUACCAAGGCAGUAGUAUUGAUUUAGUACAUGCAAGAUCUGUCUCCAUGACAGUUCGUGAUUACGGCGAAAUCGUUCGAGAAGUAAGUCGUAUUCUCCGCCCGGGCGGGGUCUUCAUUUCCGGAGAGUGGGGUCGGCAUCCAUCUUUCCACCCCAACUACGACUCCGAUCCUUCCUUACAGACGCCCUCUUUUUGCCGUUUUUUCCAAAUUCUCCAUGGUGCGCUGGCUCAGCGCGGGAUCCUCCCCGUAGCAGGGACUGUACACACUAUUCUUCAAAGUACAGGGGGAUUCUCUGAGAUCACGUCCCAAACUCACUACUUUCCUAUUGGGCCAUGGAGUACCGAUCAUAUCAUGCAGAGAAUAGGGAAGGCAUUCCGUACGGUCCUUUCCAGGUACAUGGAAUCUGUGCGACCGGUCAUUCUAGGACACGGGAUGAAUGCAAGUGAUCUGGAUCACCUUUACGCUGAUGCUAGAUCUGAAAUACUUAAUACCGAAGGCCUCGUCGCGGUCUACUAUUCAGUGCAUGCUCGUCGAAUGUAAAUACUCCAGUUGAGUUUCGGAUGUUUUUGUCUGCACCGCGCCCGUACGGAUUUUUUAUAGUAGUUACAUUGUUUUCACAGGAUCA